UGCUUAUAAUAAUACUCACAAAACUGCAUAAAGCUGCUUCUGUUUCCGUGGCUGGUUCUUCUUCCUCCUUUUCCUUCUCUCUCCUCUCCCUCCCUCCCUCUCUCUCUCUCUCUCUGCUUUUACUGCAAUUUCUUUUAUUUUUUUUCUUUUUUCGAUUUUGGUUACUUGUUUCUGCUUUGGCACUAGCGCCGGUUCUUGUCUCCCUUGGACUCUGACUCUGUUGCCAGCUUUGACUCAAGAAGAUGCUUGUAAAUUGGAAUUCUUCUGCUAUGUAUCACUGUCAGUAUCUUGACCUGACGUGGAAUCUGUUCUAAGUCAUUUUCAACUGUUACCAAUACAUAGAUUGGCGUGUGGUGUUACAUUCUGUGUUACGAAUGAAAAUGAGCAUUGUGCAAUGAUUGUUUGUUGCUUUUGUUUCAUUGUUUUUGCUACAAAUUCCUUUACUUCUCUAUUUCGCUGCAGUGAUUGAGCAUUGUUAUUUCAGAAAUGCUUUUAAUCUCUAACUGAAGUGAAUUAUUUGCUCAAUGAUGAAAUUCUUUAUCUCCAUUUAUUGAAUUAUGCUUGGCUUUCUCUCUCAGUAGCUCGAGUCUUAAUCUGGGAUAUAAUCCUGUGAUUAAUUAUUGUAUUUGUAGGAUAUCUUCUGAGAAUCAAUGGGUUGCAUUUUGCUUUUUCUACCCUCUUUCAGGUGGCAUUGCUCUUGCUGUUGGCAUUGAGCAAUGCCGUGAGAGUUAAUGGAGAUGGUGGGCAAUGUGGUUCCAAUCCAACACUAGACCCAAGGCCACACAGUGUCUCCAUUUUGGAGUUUGGCGCAGUUGGAGAUGUUAUAUGUCCCUUCUGGAAGAUGGCUCACUGGAAGUUUCAAUCUUACUAGCCAUCUCACCCUCUUUUUGGAAAAAGGUGCUGUCAUUAUUGGAUCUCAGGAUCCAUCUCACUGGGAAGUUGUUGAACCCUUACCUUCUUAUGGCCGAGGGCUUGAAGUUCCAGGGGGAAGGUAUCAGAGCUUGAUAAAUGGAUAUAUGUUACAUGAUGUGGUCAUAACAGGUAACAAUGGAACCAUUGAUGGCAUGGGAAUGGUUUGGUGGGAGUGGUAUAGCUCCCAUUCCUUGAACCAUAGCCGUCCUCAUCUGGUUGAAAUUGUAGCAUCUGAUUAUGUGGUAGUUUCAAAUCUUACAUUCUUGAAUGCCCCAGCUUACAGCAUACACCCAGUUUAUUGCAGCAAUGUACAUAUACAAAAUAUUUCAAUCUCUACUCCUCCUGAGUCCCCUUAUACUGUUGGUAUAGUACCAGAUUCUUCUGAUAAAGUUUGUAUAGAAGAUUGUAUUGUUUCCAUUGGAUUUGAUGCAAUAUCUCUCAAAAGUGGGUGGGAUGAGUAUGGGAUUGCCUAUGGCAGGCCCACAGAGAAUGUACACAUCAGAAGGGUGCAUCUUCAUGCAUUUUCUGGCUCUGCUCUUGCAUUUGGGAGUGACAUGUCUGGUGGAGUUUCAGAUGUUCUAGUGGAGCAUGCUCAUCUUUUCAAUUCAAAGAGUGGCAUUGAGUUCAGAACCACCAAAGGAAGAGGUGGUUACAUGAAAGAAAUUGUUAUAUCAGACAUACAAAUGGAGAAUAUCUACACGGCAAUUGCUGCCACAGGUAAUUGUGGUUCUCAUCCUGAUGACAAGUUUGAUCCAAAUGCACUACCACUUUUGGAUCACAUUACCUUGAAGGAUGUUAGUGGCACAAACAUCACCAUUGCUGGAAGCUUUGAUGGAAUAGAAGAAUCACCCUUCACUAACAUAUGCCUUUCCAAUAUAACCUUGUCUACAAAUUCUGCUUCUCCUAUUACUUGGGAAUGCUCAAAUGUAUCUGGAUUUUCAGACUCGGUGCUCCCAGAACCUUGUCCAGACCUUGGAAACCCCUCAAGUUCUUCCUCAUCUUGUUUCUACCUGUUGAAGAGUAUCAGUGGAAAAAGUGAAGUGCAGUGAUAAUCCUUUCUCAACACAUGAUUCUUAUUCUUGAGUACCCUGCUUGAUGUUGAUGAAAAAGUGAAAGGCCAUUUGCAAUCUCAAAUUAGGCCACAUUCUUUCCAAUAAGAAGGUUGUUCGGAUUAUUCAUUUUUUUCAUCACUUAGAUUUGCAUUCUUGCAUGUUCCAACCAGCACAUUAUUUGUACAGCUUCAUCAUUUCUUCAUUCAUGUGUAAGGAAAUUUUGGUAGUGCCGCCACAGGAGGACUAAAUUUUAUAGUUUUGCAUUAGUUUCAUUGUGAUUUCACUGUAAAGCAUGUAGUGGAUUUGGUGAUACUUUAAUUAAAGAA